AUGCCGCAGCCAAGAUAUCACACUGUGGUCAGUAUUAAGACGUAUCAACGAAAGUCAGGUCUCCAGCCCGAAUUGUCUCAAAGCUUCUACCAAAAACACCUUCUGGGCAAAGUCAAGGCAAGCAAGUACCAUACUUUUGAAACAAUUUGCGCCCAACAACCUACUCCACACAAACAGAAGAAAUUCAACCCAAAGACUAUGAAGACAGAGCCAAUCAAACCAAACGGCGCCUUCUACCAGCCCGGAGAGACACGUGUUCGACUGGUCAAAUGCACUGAGUGGACUGAGGAACGUGCAAUACCAGCUUUGCAAGCAGCGCAGAUUCUUGAGUAG